AUGGCUGGCUUCGCCGCCGACGAGACGCCCCUCGACAAGGAGGUCGCCACCCUCAAGCGCGCCAAGCUCAAGCUCGAAACUGAACUCGACUCGGAGCGCAACGAGGCCUUCAAGCUCCGUCACCGCGUCCACGAGCUCGAGUUGGAUGUCCGCGAGGGCAUGGCUCGCGCAUCGCAGGAGGCGGCAAAGGCCGUGAAGGCCGAGGACGCCCUGCGCAAGCGCACCGACGCCUACAACACGCUCAAGGACCAGAAGGCCAACGCCGAGAUGGCGCUGCGCGAGUCGGAGGAGACGGUCAAGGCCCAGCACGGCGAGCUCAAGCGCCUCAACUACCAGCUCGAGAUUCAGGCAGCUCACGCCGCUGCGCCGUCUAAGAUCGCCGAGGAGAAGGCGGCGCUCGAGAAGCGCGUUCACGCCCUCACGACCGAGCUGCAACGCGCUCAGCUCGACCUCGAGAAGGAGAAGGAGAACCGCCUGGUACCUGUCGACUCGACCGCAACGACCGCAACAACCGCGUCCAAGAUCGCUCGACCGGCCUCGCGACAGUCCGUCACGGCACCCGACGUCAAGCCUGGCCCGACCACCCGCAGCCGCUUCGGCUUCCAGCCCACCACGUCCAGCACGCCUUCCUCCUCAUCCGCCAAGUCGAUCCGCCCUCCUUCCGUCCUCGGCUCGAACGGCCCACCUCGCCCUCCCUCGAGCCUCGCCAGCCACUCCGCCAUCCCCAAGCCCGGCAUGUCGCGCCGCACGUCCGUCACGGCCGACUCGCCCGCCGGCGUCCCCGCCCAGAAGCUCGCCCAGCUCGAGGCCGACCUCUCUUCGGCGCGCUCCACCAUAUCGGCUCUCGAGUCCUCCCUCGCCACCGCCGAGAAGCGCGCCGCCGACGCCGACGCGACGCUCCAGUCGACCCAGGCCAAGCUGCGCGCCAAGGGCGACGACCUCCUCCGCGCCGAGAACGCCCUCAUGGCGCUCGAGCGCUCGGCCAAGGACAAGUCGGGCGAGCUCCGCAGCGAGCUCGAGGACGUGCGCGACGAGCUCGAGGCGACGCGCGACGAGCUGCAACGCGAGAUCGCCCAGCUCGCCCGCACCGCCAACGAGGAGCGCGCGUCGUUCGAGGCCGAGGUCGCGCGCCUGACGCAGGCGGCACGCCGCCGCGCCGAGGAGCAGGACCAGGACGACGGCAGCCGCGAGGAGCUCGACCGCCUGCUCGCCGAGGCGCGCGACGAUGCCGCCGCGCUCCAGGACGAGGUGCAAGAGCUCGAGGUCGAGCUCGCGUGGCACGAGGAGCAGCUGCUCGAGCACGACGACGUCAAGGCCGAGCGCGACAAGCUCGCGCGCGAGCUCGAGCUCCUCGACGACGAGCACGCCGAGUGCGGCCGCGCCCUCGACGACAAGGACGCGGCGCUCGACGAGCUCGACGCCGACAUGGCGACGCUGUCGGCCCAGAUCGCCGAGCUUCAAGCCGAGAAGGUGGCGCUCGAGGCGCGCGUCGCGCAGCAGGACACGGUGGCGCCGGUGCGCGAGGAGGUUGUCGAGCUGGCACGGGCCGGUCGGGGCGAGCUGGAGGAGCGCAUGACCGCUGUCGAGGCCGAACGAGACGAGCUCGUCGUCGCACUCGCCUCGGCGUCCCGGGCGCAUCAAGACGCGCAAUCGCAGCUCGUCGACCAAUCGACCGCCGCCGAGCAGCUCGCCGUCGACAAGGCGGCCCUCGAGCAAGAGCUCGACACGGUCAAGCAGGACCUUGACCAAGCGAGGUCCGCCUACGGCAACCUUCGCGCCCAGUCGGCCCAGUCGUCCACCACGCUCGACGCGCUCUCGUCCCAGAUCGCCGAGCUCGAGGCGUCCGUCGUCGAGAAGGACCACCUCAUCCACGAGCUCUCGAUGCGCAUCGAGGAGCUCGAGCACUCGGCCGGCGCUUCCGCCUCGGCCGCCGAGCGCUCGUCCUCGGCCCACCUCGACGUCAAGGCGCGCCUCGCCGCCGUCGAAGCCGAGCGCGACAGCCACGCGUCGUCGGCCCGCGCCGCCGAGGACCGCCUCGACCAGCUGUCGACCAUGCCGGUCGACCUCGCCGAGUCGCGCGACCGCGUCACGGAGCUCGAGACCGCCCUGCAAGGAGCGCAGAACGCGGCGGUCGAGCUUCGUCACGCCCUCGAUGAGCGCGACGCCCAGCUCGCGGCGUCGGUCGGCCACGAGAACGUCGCCGCUCUGCGUGUCCAGCUCCACGCGGCCGAGGAGCAGGCGAGGGCGCUCGAGGGCGCCGUCGCGAGCGAGCGCGCCCUCGCCGUCGCCGCCAAGGAGGACACGGCGGCUGUCGAGGAGGCCCUCCUCGACACCAAGGCGCACCUCACCGAGACCGAGGAGCGCCUCGCGAACGAGCGCCGCGCUCGUGACGCCGCCAAGGUCGAGUGCGAGGCGCUCCACGCCCAGGUCGACGCGCUCGAGCACAGCGCCGCACGCCUCGAGCACGUCGAGCAAGAGCUGUUCGCCGUCGCCGCCGAGCUCGACGACGUUCGCGCGCACGCCGAGGACGCGUCGCUCGCGGCCCUGCAGGAUAUUGCCGAGCUCGAGGCGCGCCUGCGCGAGCAAGAAGCCGUCGUCGACCAGCUCGAGCGCCAGGUCGUCGAGGCCGACGCGCUGCGGCACAUCCUCGGCGAGACCGAGGCGCGCCUCGACUCGCUCGGGUGGGAGCUGCGCGACUCGCAGGCGGCGGCGCUGCAGAGCAACCAGGACGCCGAGGACAAGAUCCGUGCCCUGCUCGAGCGCGCCGAGGCGGCAGAGGCGACCGUCGACCAGCUGCGCGCCGAGCUCGACGACGCCCACCACCGCCUGUCCGACGCGCACGACUCGCUCGACAACGCCCAGGCCAACCUCUCGCUCUCGACCUCGUCCCGCGACGACACCCCGACACCGCUCUCGCCCGUCCCGGCGACCCCCUCGCCGAGCACCCCUCUCGCCCGCUCCUUCGCCUUCUCGCCCGAGGCCGACCCGACCAUCCUCGUCCUCCGCCUGCGCGAGGAGCGCGACGACCUGCGCUCGCGGCUCGACUUCUCGCGCAUCGAGGCCAAGACGCGCGUCGAGUUGCUGCAGGAGCGCCUGCGCCACGCCGAGGAGAGCAAGGCGGCCGACCUGAGCACGCUCGGGCUCGACCUCAUGGACAAGCAGGCGGCGUUCGAGGCCGAGUGCGAGACGAACGCCAAGAUGGAGCACGCGCUGAGGGAGGCGAGGCGGGAGAAGGAGGCGGUCGAGGAGCGCCUCGACGACGUCGCGCGCCAGCUCAAGGCCGCCGAGGGCAGGGUUCAGGAGACGACAAGACGACUUGCCGACGAGCAGAAGGCGCGCGACGAGGAGCGCGCAGAGCGGGAGAGCGCGAGGGCUGUCGAGGGGGAGUUGGAGGAGGCCGUCCGUUCUUCGCAAUCGGUUCGCGACGACCUCGACGCCGCAACAGCCGCCAACAUCGAGCUUCACGCGGCCCUCGAGUCGAUCCAGGCCGAGCUCGACGCCGCCACGCUCGAGGUCAAGGAGCACAAGGCGGUCGCCGCAGCUGCGGGCGAGCGCAUCGACGAGCUCGAGCGGCUGCUCUCGGCGGCGCAGCUCGGGCGCGAGAUCCAGGAGGGCAACCAGCUCCACGACUUUGCGGCGCUGUGCGACACGCUCCGCUCGGACGUCGUCGGUCUCGAGAGCCAGAUCUCGGCGCAGUCGGGCACCAUCAACAACUACGAGCGCAAGAUCGCCCUUCUUCAGCUCAACCUCGCCGUUCGCGUCGCCAUCGAGGACGACGAGGACGCCGUCGACGGCGCCGAGGACGACAACUCGACUCGCUCCAUCCUCCAGGACACGCCGUCUGUCGACCUCGACCUCCUCCAGGCCGACCUCGAUGCCGCCCUCGCCACGCGUUCGCACCUCGAGCAGCAACUCGCGUCCGUCCAGGUCCAGCUCGUCGACGCGCAGCAGCAGGCCGACGAGGCGACAGCGUCGGCAUCCUCGCUCGAGAACCAGCUCGCCGAGGUGCGCGCCGACAUGGUCGCGCAGCAAGAGCAGCUCGCCGCCGCUGCUGCGCGCGCAGCAGAGCUCGAGCAGACGAGCGACCGCGCCGAUGCCGCCGCUCGAGCCGCCGAGAACCGCCUCGCCGAUGUCGAGGUGACCGCGGUCGCGCUGCAGGAGCGUGCCGCCGAGCUCGAGUCGCAGCUCGUGACUGCGCAGGCCGACCUCGUGUCGUCUCGUGCCGCCGUCCAAGGUCUCGCAGAGCAAGAAGAGCAGGUCGCUCAGCUCCAGACUUCUCUCGCCGACACGCAGUCGUCCCUCGUCGCCGCACAAGGCGACGUCGUCGCGCUCCAAUCCGACCUCGCCACGAGCAACGACGACCUCGCCGCCGCCAAGCGCGCCCUCGAGCUGUCCGCCGCCGAGCUGUCGGCACUGCGCGAGGAGCACGCCUCGUCGGUCGGCGCGCGCUCGGCACUCGAAGGGCAAAUCAUCACGCUCGAGUCGGCUGUCGAGCGACUGCAAGUCGCCGUCGACGAGAAGGAGAUCGUCCACGAGCAGGCGCAGCAGCGCACGUCCCGCCUCGAGGAGCAGCUCGCCGCAUCCAGCGCGCAGCUCCAGGCCGUCGUCGAGUCGAGGACCGCUCUCGAGGCGUCUGCGCAGGUCGCGCAAGCCGAGAUCGAGUCGCUCGAGGCCAAGCUGCGGGACGCCGUCGGCACGGCCUCGCGGGUCGCCUCGCUCGAGCAGCAGCUCCAGGAGACGCGCACCGAGCUCGAGGCCCUCGACCAGCUCGUCCUGCGCGAGCGCGCAGCCGCGCAAGCUGCGCACGCCUCGCUCGAGCAGGCGCAGGCGACGGCCGAGCACGCCGCGCGCGAGAUCCAGACGCUCCGCCAGCUCAGCGCGAGCUCGCAGGGCGAGGCGCUCGCGCUCACGGACGAGCUCAACGGCGUGCGCAGCCAGGUCGGCUCGCUCAACCAGACCGUACAAGACCUCGAGACUCGCCUCCACCAGACGACCGAGCAGUCGCGCAAGAACCUCGAGGAGGUCAUCGACGCGCUCCAGACGUGCGAGCAGGGCAAGGCGGCGGCAGAAGAGCAGGUCCAGCAGCUCCUCGGCGAGGUCAACGCGCUCAAGUCCUCGGCAGCCGCAGCACCGCCAAACGCCGAGCUCGACGAGCGUAUCGCCGAGCUUGAAAAGCUGCUCGAGAUCAAGAUGCUGGACGUCGAGGAGGCCGACGAAAAGCUCAUCGAGGCUCUCAAGGUCCAGAAGCGCUACACGGCCCAGAUCGAGCGCCUCAAGGCCAAGGUCGCCACCCUCCAGCGCGACCUCACCACCGCCAAGUCCGCCUCGAUCCUCGCCGCCGCACCUCUUCCCUCGGCACCCGCUCCUCCCUCGAUCGGCAAGAAGCGCCCCGCGCCCAACGAGUUCGACGUCGCAUCCGCGCCCGCAACGCGCGCCGUCACCGUCGCUGUCGACAAAGAGAACCUCUCGUCGUCCGACGCUCCCUCCUCUGCCCGGCGCGUUGCCCGCCCUCUCUCGUCCAAGCCCGUCUCGAAGGACACGGUCGUUCCGCUCAAGCCCGAGCACGACACGGCACCGCGCAGGGCCGCCCUCGGCGCCAUCGACGAGAAUGCCGGCGCCGUCUCGCUCGCGUCGACCUUCUCAAACCCGGACAAGGCCGCCGCCCCGCCGACGACCAAGGUCGACUCGUUGCGUGAGAAGAUGAUGCGCCUCAAGGCGGGAGCUGCGCGAGGUGGUGCGACGACUGCCUGA